UGGUGGGCUCCUAGAUAGCAGAAGUCCACCGGUCCAGUGAAACAACUUUCCCAAUUAGCCAACUCUAGCGACAAGUCAAUCUGUCCCCAUUUCACCAUGAUGCUAACCAGCUGGUGGGUAUCCAUUGCAGCGAUGGUGCUGAUCUCGUUGCCGGCGGUCGCUGGCGAUCUGCCGAUGACGAUGGGGCUCCCGGGCUGCAACACCACCUGCGGCAACGUGAGCGUGCCGUACCCGUUCGGAAUAGGCCCGGACGUGUGCUACUUCCCGGGAUUCAAGCUCACCUGCGACCACGGAAGCAAUCCCACGCGACUACUCCUCGGCGACGGCGGCGCCGACGCCUUCGAGGUCCUCGACAUCUCCCUGGAGAACGUCACGGUGCGCGUCGUCAGCCACAUGAGCGGCGGCCGAUGGAGCCUCGGCGGCGACACCAUCGGCGGGUUGCCGUACAUCCUGAAGCCGGAGUCCAACGAGUUCAUCCUCACGGGGUGCGACGUGCAAGCGACGCUGCUGGGCAACGGGAGCAUCAUCAGCGGUUGCGUCUCCUUCUGCGCCACAAUCACGGACGGUGGUGGUGGGUACACCCAGUAUUACCGGCCGGAGGGCGCUGACAUCAACUCCAUGACCUGCUCCAACAUGGGCUGCUGCCAGUCGUCCGUCGUCAUCGGCAGCGCGUCCUACGGCGUGGAGCUCAAGCGGCUCAACAACAGCCUGCCUGGCGAUUUGGACGUGCAUGUGCUCAUCGCCGAGGUGGGCUGGUUCUACCCGAUGAUGUUCUUUGAUCUGAGCCAGAAUUUCACGGAGCUUGCCUCGCGGGGCCCCGUGCUUCUCCAGUGGGCGGUGGCGCACGGCGCGGCGCUGCCCAAUAACGAGAUGAGGGCGUGCCCGGGCGACGCUGCCCUGAGCGUCUGCAAGAGCGCCAACAGCGAUUGCAGAGACGAGUCACAUUUUACCCUCAAGGGCUAUUCGUGCCAGUGCAAGGAGGGCUACCAGGGCAACCCUUACCUCACUGGCGGAUGCCAAGAUAUCAAAGAAUGUGAUCGGAAAGAAACAUAUGGCUGCUUCGGUGACUGUGAGGAACUGCCGGGAUCGUUCCGGUGCCGGUGCCCGGGAGGAACCAGCGGCAACUACACCAUGCCCGGUGGCUGCGUCAAGUCUGCAGACAUAAUCGCAGGUAACUUGUGUUGAAGUAUAAAUGCAUUGCCUAAUCUCUUCCAUCAGAUCGGUCUUUUGGUUGCAUUGGUUAGAGCAUGCAGUUCUACAUGGUAUCAGAGCCAAGAGAUCUUGAGUUCAAGACCCGGCUGGCGCAAUAUAAAAUAAAAAUAUUGCAGCCCACUUUCGGUCCACGUUUAGGCCUGAGGGAGCCACACGUGAGGGGGAGUGUUGAAGUAUAAAUGCAUUGCCUAAUCUCUUCCAUCAGAUCGGUCUUUUGGUUGCAUUGGUUAGAGCAUGCAGUUCUACAA